AUCUGGAUGAAUACUCUCAUUUAUUUAGCCGGGUUUUGGUCUAAUUUCUGUGUUUUGCAUGAUUUCAAGGAGGUGGAGAACAGCUCUGCAUUUCUGUGCAACUAGUCAGCGUUCCCUUGUCAAGUAAAAGGAAGAUAUAUUGGAGGUAACUUGACAGAUAAAGGAAGAAGAUGGUUCAUUCUGAAGUGGAAAUCAGAGGGCCUGAUUCAGCUUCAGCAUCCAAGCAUCCAUUUCUAAAUGGAGAUGAUGAUAUGGCAAAGACAAAUCAGAAAACAAGCAUCGAAAACAGCCUGUGUAGCCAGUACGAGGAGAAGGUGCGCCCUUGCAUUGACCUCAUUGACUCCCUGCGGGCCCUGGGCGUGGAACAGGACCUGGCCCUGCCCGCCAUCGCUGUCAUAGGAGACCAGAGCUCGGGCAAGAGCUCUGUGCUGGAGGCUCUGUCAGGGGUUGCCCUUCCCAGAGGCAGCGGUAUUGUGACAAGAUGUCCUCUGGUGCUGAAACUGAAAAGACUUGUGAAUGAAGAUGAAUGGAAAGGCAAAAUCAAUUACCACGAUAUCGACACUGAGAUUUCAGAGGCUUCAAAGGUGGAAGAGGAAGUCAGAAAAGCCCAGAAUUUCAUCGCUGGGGAAGGAAUGGGAAUCAGUCACGAACUAAUCACUCUGGAGAUCAGCUCCCCUUAUGUCCCAGAUCUGACCCUGAUAGACCUUCCUGGGAUUGCCAGAGUGGCCAUGGGCAAUCAGCCAGCUGACAUCGGACGUCAGAUCAAGGCCCUCAUCAAGAAGUACAUCAGCAAGCAGGAGACGAUCAACUUGGUGGUGGUCCCCUGUAACGUGGACAUCGCCACCACGGAGGCGCUGAGCAUGGCUCAGGAGGUGGACCCUGAAGGAGACAGGACCAUCGGAAUCUUGACAAAGCCUGACCUCGUGGACAGAGGCACUGAAGAGCAGGUAGUGGACGUGGUACGAAACCUCGUCUACCACCUGAAGAAGGGCUAUAUGAUGGUCAAGUGCCGGGGCCAGCAGGACAUCCAGGACCGGCUGAGCCUGGCUGAGGCUCUGCAGAGAGAGAAGGCCUUCUUUGAGGACCACCCACAUUUCAGUGGUCUUCUGGAGGAAGGAAAGGCCUCGGUCCCCUGCCUGGCGGAGAGACUGACCACUGAACUCAUCACGCACAUCUGUAAAUCUCUGCCCCUGUUGGAAAAUCAAAUAAAGGAAAGUUACCAGAAAUUAUCAGAGGAGCUACAAAAGUGUGGCACCGACAUACCAGAAGAUGAAACUGAAAAGAUGUUCUUCCUGAUAGAGAAAAUUACUGCGUUUAAUCAGGACAUCACCUCCUUAGUACAAGGGGAGGAAAUUGUAGGACAGGAUGACACUCGGCUGUUUAACAAAAUCCGAAAGGAGUUCCAGAAAUGGAGCACUGUGAUUGAAAAAACUUUCCAAAAGGGUGAUUCAGAUAUCCGCAAACAAAUCAGGACAUUUGAAAAUCAGCAUCGUGGCAGAGAGCUGCCAGGAUUUGUGAAUUAUAGGACGUUUGAGACGAUCAUAAAACAGCAGAUCGAGAAGCUAGAAGAGCCAGCAAUUGAUAUGUUGCACAGGGUAACUGAUCUGGUCCGGACUACCUUCACAGACGUUUCAAAAAAAAAUUUUGAUGAAUUUUUCAACCUCCACAGAACCACUAAGUCCAAACUUGAAGACAUUAAAAUAGAAAAAGAAAGUGAAGCUGAGAAGUUGAUCCGACUUCACUUCCAAAUGGAACAGAUCGUCUACUGCCAAGACCAAGUUUACCGUGGUACGUUAAAGAAGAUCAGAGAGAUGGAAUCCGAGGAAGAAAAGAAGAAAAAAGGAAACUAUGCAUACUUGGAAGGCACUGAUGAAGAUUCCUCCAUGGCCGAAAUCUUACAGCACCUGAACGCCUACCAGAAGGAGGCCAGCAACCGCCUUUCCACCCACAUCCCUUUGAUCAUCCAGUUCUUCGUCCUCCAAACAUACGGCCAGCAGCUGCAGAAGUGCAUGCUGCAGCUGCUGCAGGAGAAGGACACCUACGACUGGCUCCUGAAGGAGCGCAGUGACACCAGCGAUAAGAGGAAGUUCCUGAAGGAGCGGCUUGCGCGGCUGACCCAGGCUCGGCGCCGGUUAGCCAAAUUCCCCGGUUAAAUCGGGCUCCCUGUCCCCGCCUCGCGUCUCCAGGCACGUCUCCAGGGAGCAGAGGUGCAGCGUCUUUCCCUGGCAGCCAUGCCGUGGUUAGUUCCCCGUUGGCAGAUACUCGAGUGGUUAGCAGUCAGACUUUGCGGUCCCUGUCUGUGCUUGUCGGUUAGUGGGCAAGGAUGCAGUAAGAAGUUGUGAUGAGCCAUUUGGUUUCAAGCGUUGAGACUAAAGCCCCACCCUCCUGUAGCAUAUGAUUUAGAUUGGAGGAGCGAUGCCAUUUUCCUGGUUAGGAGGAAUGAUUUUCUACCCUCCGGAUUGUUCCUCCUCCCCAAGGUCUCUCCAUCUCUUUAUCAGAGACAGAUGUAUGCGAAGCAUCAUAGAACAGUUAUUUUCUGGUUUUUUGGAAUGUAUUUUCACGUGCCCAAUGUUUUAGGAGCAUUAAUGCCACUUGUGUGAAUGCUUGUAAAAGCCAUAUUACAUCUAUUUGUAAUAAACUUGUUUCUCCUAGA